UUGUAGACGUUUCAUGUUUAUUUAUCACUAUUUAUCAUGCAAAGUGUAAACUGUACGGGCGUCCAAAAACGACCAAUUAAGACAGGAUAAGUUAUUUGUAAGAGUAUGGCGUGAUAUAUCUUUUUAUGUCAAAUAUAUUAUAAACAUUCGUUUUUACCAAUGUCUCGUGAAUAAUCACCAGGUGUGUUCACAUUUUACAAGGCUUCCAAAUUUAAUAUCGAAGCCAUCGCUGUUUAUCAAAUAUAUCCAUGAGUGGAAUUAUAGUGAUUUUAUUGAAAUAUAAAGCGUAAUAUAAUAAUCAAGUUAUCAUUUCGCGGUUAGCAAUGGCUGAUAUACCUACCAGAGAAGCUGAAAUACCACAAAACAUAGGCACACCGCAGCGUAUAAGUAUAAAUACCAUGAGACAUCCAUCUGGAUUGCUAAUGACACAUUCAUCACAGCCACUUCAAGCGCCACCAACAACAAUUAAUAUUGGUGGUAUAAAUUUAACUGGUAGAACUGCAGAGCAUUCAAGAAACUUUGCAAACAAUAUAUCCACGGCUAUUGAAGAAAUAAGACCGUUGCUUGAGCAUGCACGAAUUAAUCCUGGCAUCUCUUUAACAUCCUGGUUGAAUAUUCAAAGGCAAGAGCAAAGUAUUACACCACAGCAAGGUUCAGAUAGUUAUGUGAUAAAUCUUGAUAAUCAACCAUCAACCAGUACAAUCAAUAUUAAUCAAGACUCCACUAACGAUCAUCUUCAUUAUAAUUACCAUCACACAACAGCUACAGAUAAUUUUCUGAACAACAUUCGGGAAGCUGCUAAUGCAGAAAAUCAGAGUAACAACAACAAUGCUGAUGAAGGACAACCAAGUACGCUUAGGCUCAGUGGAGAAGCACGGGCAAUGCUUGAAGUCAUUGAGAAAUAUGUUCCCUUCCUGUUGAUGCUACUUAGCAAAGUCAUUUACGAUCAGCUAUCGCGAAUAUUAAAUCUACUAGCUCUUCUCUUUGCUUUCAUUUACGUAAAUGAUUUGUUUAAACGUGAAGUAGCCAAACGACAACACAGAAGUCAGUUGGCACUUCUUCGUAUUUUAUGCUUCAUUGGUUGUUGCAUAGUCCUAAUAUAUUUUAUGGACGAUGACUACAUAUACAAAUUAAUACCAUAUGCAGAACCACAUACAGUAUGGGAGCUCCUAUGGACUGUUGCUAUUCGUGACAUUAUGUUAAAACUCAUCACUAUAGUGUUCAAAGUAAUUCUCAAUUGCUUGCCAGCAGGGGUACUGGGAUUCCAGAAAAGGGGGAAAUAUUACCUUAUGAUAGAAGCAACAUCACAGCUGUACCGUUCCUUAGCUCCCAUACAGCCAUGGCUGUAUUACUUGUUUGAUUCAUAUAAAGGACCAGAAAGUGUGAUAAGCAUAUGUUUAACUGUUGUGUAUUCUACAUCUAAAAGUGGAGAUAUUGUGUCACGUGCUAAAUUGUUCCGUACAGCCGCCUGGAAAAUAUUUCAAAAUGUGAAAUUAGGAGUUUCUCCAUCAAAAGAACAGCUUAUGACGUCCGGUGGUGUCUGCGCUAUCUGUCUUGAGGAAUUUACAAUGCCUGUACGUCUUCACUGUAAACACAUCUUUUGCGAGGGUUGUGUACUGACGUGGUUAGAUAGAGAACGUUCCUGCCCUUUAUGCCGUACUCCUAUAACAGAUGUUCCAAUAUAUAGAGACGGUCAUACAACUUAUUUUAUACAAUUGUUUUAAAGGUUCGCCCACCAAGUUAUAUGGAAAAGAAUUUUUACCAUUUGUAUACGUUCAUGCACACACGCAUAACUUUUUUCCACAUUGCUCACACACAGGAUAUAUCCCUUUUUAUUUGAUUUUCUUUUUAUUACCUUAUCGAUUUUUCGAUGCGUUUACCUUUUUAUGUGUAAUGAACAUUUUAUACAUGUAAAACCUAUUGUAUAUGUCCUCGUCGCGAUUUUUUCACUAGUUCUUAAGGGAACGUGAUCAGGGUGUAAAGAUUCGAUUUCCUUGAAAGUUUAAACAACAGGAUAGCAAUCUUGUAAAAUAAUUUGUACAUACGUAUAUAAAGAAAAAAAAGCUGAUUUCAUAAUUGCAAAGAAAUUUGGAUUUGCAACACUACAGAAUCAGCUACGUUGCUAUUGCAAUGUGUAUUCUUAUAUCUUUGUAAUUAUGAAUUCAUGUGUCGUAUACGGUCUGUUUGCGUAUACAUGUAUAUUUAUAUGUACAUAUACAUCUAUACUUUUCUUUAUUAUCACAUUGCACAAUUCGUGCAGUCUUUCUUUUAAAAAAAAUAUUUGAAAUCUAUAUAUGCUAAUAUGGGGCACAUAAAAGCUCUUGAAUGGAAAUGCGUGUCGGUUUCAUAGAUGACUGCGGCCAAACUUGUAUAAGGUAAAACAAAGUACCAAGAUAGACAAUAAACUGUCGAUUAUGAGAA